UUUCAUAAGACAAUUGUUUGUUUAAUGCAAUUUUGCAAGAUUCCAUCGUUUAAUUACCUUAUAUACAGUGUUUUUUAAGUUGCUGAGCAAAUGUUAGAUUACCAUAAAAAUGCUUACCGUUAAUUGUUAGAGUUGCCAUAACAAUUUUACCCCAAAUAUUUUGUAUUAAUUUAAAAAGAGUCGCUGAUCAAGGAAUGUUACAAAGAGGAACAAAGAGGAACAAAGAGGAACAAAGAGGAACAAAGAGGAACAAAGAGGAUGAAGUAAACGUGUUUGCUUGGUGGGGGGGAGUAGCUGGACUCAACCAGUUGAGGUUCCAUAAGUCAGGGAGCAACCUGUGCACGAAUUGGUCACUGAGGGCGAGGGGGUGGCAACAUGAACAAUAAAAGAAUCCUUGCUUACCUGAAAGGUGUCUUUAUAUUAAUUUGUAAAACAAAUUUUGCUCCUGACAACGCCUUGUUUUUAAAUUGGCAACACAAGUUAAUCUUUAGAUAUGGGAAUAUAGAACUCCAAAAGAAAUCAAUGACAUAUACAGCAAGGGACUCUUUCAAUUUUUUAAGCAUGUUAUUCUACAUUACUGUGUCCAGCGUGUCACUCUACAUUCAUGUGUCCAGCGUGUCACACUACAUUCAUGUGUCCAGCGUGUCACACUACAUUCAUGUGUCCAGCGUGUCCCACUACAUUCAUGUGUCCAGCGUGUAACAAUGCAUUAGCGUGUAAAACAUUUUCAAUUUCCGUCAGGUUUAUUCUAGAUGUUUAUAAAUUUAAAAUCUUACCCUCGACAACGGAUCUUAACAAAGGUUUCAUGACAUUAUACAGUGUUUAUACAAAUAGCUUCCAAGGAUGUUUCAAUAACAGUCUUUCAAGACAAAAAAAUCUUACAAGACAAAAUUAUUUAGUAAACGGAAGACAAGGGAAUUAUUCCCCGUAUAAUGGUGCAGUUAGUGAAACAUUAGGUAACAACUGUUUUAAAAAAAAUUAUAAGUGUUUGAAAAUAAGACAUGAAAGACUUGAAGAAAAUAAGUUGAAGUGGCCUGUAGAAACAUAUCCUAGAUAUGAAGGAUAUACUAGAAGGUAACUGUAUCAACAUAUCCUAGAUAUGAAGGACAUACUAGAAGGUAACUGUAUCAACGUAUCCUAGGUAACAGUUUUUGUUUUUAAAUAAAAGUGAAACAUUAGGUAACAACAGUUUUAAAAAAAAUUAUAAGUGUUUGAAAAUAAGACAUGAAAGACUUGAAGAAAAUAAGUUGAAGUGACCUGUAUAAACAUAUCCUAGAUAUGUAGGACAUAAUAGAAGGGACCUGUAUAAACAUAUCCUAGAUAUGAAGGACAUAAUAGAAGGGACCUGUAUAAACAUAUCCU